CACUCCACUUCGAUAGUAUAACCUGCGGCGGGUAUUUUCCAUGCGACUAUGUCUAUUCAAAAAGUAUAAUUUUUUGCAUGCUCCGGGAAAGUUUUUGCCUAUUUUACAGACUCAUAUUUUUAGUAUUCGCGUUUUUUUUUCUAAUUUGAACACCUGAACCUCUGAGUUCAGAGAGAAGAAAUAAUGAAAGUAACAGCAGUGACUGUGCAGCCCGCGCGCCGUGAGCUGUGUGGAGUGGAGCGCGUGCUGUAGACACACUUCAGCACUGCUGUCACAUUAGUUCGGUUGAGGUGUGUGUAUGUGUGUAUGUGUAAGGGAUGCGGCGGGAGGUUACUGGAGAAACCGGCACAAACUAUCUAAAUACGAAUAGUUUCAUAUCCAUAACUUGAAAAAUCUCUGUGAAUAUAAGACCUGCUGUGAUCAUGGUGAGCGCUCGUCCUCUCGCUGUGAUCUUCAUCCUGACAUCUGCGCUCAUGUGCUGCUUCACCAACGCGGCCAAACUUAACAUACCUAAAGUGUUAUUACCUCUUGCCAGAAGCACAAAAAUCAAUUUCACUCUGGAAGCAAGUGAAGGAUGUUAUCGCUGGUCGUCGAACCGGCCGGAGGUGGCCAGCGUGGAGGCGGUAGAUGUUGACGAGCGCCAGUGUUCUCAGAGGGCUGUCCUGCAGGCGCGCUCUACUCAGCCCUCCCGCCUCACCAGCAUCAUCCUCGCUGAAGACGUUUUGACAGGACAGGUUCUGCGCUGUGAUGCUAUUGUGGACGUCAUCAGUGAGAUCCAGAUAGAGUCCACCACGCGUGAGCUUCACCUGGAGGAUUCCCCACUGGAGCUGAAGAUCCAUGCGCUCGACUCCGAGGGGAACACCUUCAGUACUCUAGCCAGUCUGUUGUUCGAGUGGACUAUCGUGAAGGACGCCGAAAUGGCAGGUUUCCCUGAUUCCUACAACACCCUACAGGUCCUGAGGUUUGCAGAGUCGGCAUACACUCCUCCAGCGUAUAUCUCUGAGAUGGAGCGAGUGGGACAUCAGGGCGACAUCAUCCUUGUUUCAGGAAUCAAAACCGGCCAUGCCAAACUCAAAGCCAAAAUACAAGAGGCCAUCUAUAAGGAUGUCGGUGCUGCCGAGGUCCGACUGCUGAUCCUGGAGAACAUUCUCUUGAGUCCUGCGUAUGAUGUGUAUCUGCUGGCUGGCACCUCCAUUACAUAUAAAGUCCAGAAAAUCCGUCAGGGAAAGAUUACAGAGCUGUCCAUGCCCUGUGAUCACUAUGAGCUCCAGCUUCAGAAUGGUGUGGUCACCGCUAAUGGAAACCCUGAGGCUCCUGUCGCACACCUGGACCAGAGCAGCUCUACAGUCUUUGCCCUUCAGCAUGGACACACCAACAUCGUGCUGGACCACAAGAAUCUCGGGAUGCAGGGCGUUUCCCGACUUCCCAACAGCACAAUCUAUGUUGUGGAGCCUGGAUACUUGGCAUUCAAGAUUCAUCCUGAGGAUCGCUGGGUCCUUGAGACAGGGAGGAAAUAUGAGAUUUUCAUUGAACUGUUUGAUAAGUCAGGCCACAAGCUUUAUCUGUCUGACAAUAUCCGUAUAGAAACCACAUUCCCUAGCGAGUACUUUGAGGUUCUGGAAUCGUCUGUUAAUGGAUCUUACCACCACGUGAGAGCUUUGAGACGAGGUCAGACUGGCAUUGAUGGCACACUGAAAGCUGUUGUCGAUCAAGCAGGAAGUGUCCACGCACUCUCUGUUCCUGUGCGUAACGAGCAGGACGUGGAAAUCUACGACCCCAUCGUCCUCAGACCCGCCAUCCUCACCUUCCCAUGGCAGCCGAAAGAGGGAGCCUACCAGUACACCAUCCAGGCGACUGGAGGGAGUGGGAACUUCAGCUGGUCUUCCAGUAACGCGGCCGUUGCUACCGUCACAGUGAAAGGCGUGAUGACCACUGUCCGGGACGUCGGCGUCAGUGCAGUCUAUGCCCACGACGUCAGAAAUCCCCUGCACUAUGGAGACAUGAAGGUGUAUGUGAUCGAGCCGGUGGGCAUGGAGUUCAGCCCGUGUGCAGUGGAGGCCCGCGUGGGCCUGGACCUUGACCUGCCGCUGCGCAUCUUCGGUCAGCUAGCCGGAGAGAGGGUGACACUCAGUGACUGCUCACACUUCGACAUGCAGGUGGACAUGGAGAGCCACAGCUUCUUCCAGCUGCUGGAGGGUAGACUUGCUCCAGGUCAGGGCCACUGCAGCGGGGUUCGUGUUAAGGCCUUGACCCCUGGUUACACCACCCUGUUGGUCAGCUAUACCCAUAGUAAUGUUCACCUCAGUGCAAAGAUCACCAUCGCUGCCUACCCGCCUCUCAAGCCGGUUGACCCCGUGGCUGUGGCUGUGGUGACGUUGGGCUCCUCUAAAGACAUGCUGUUUGAAGGAGGCCCGAGGCCUUGGGUGCUGGAGCCAUCCAAGUUCUUCAGGAACCUGACGGCUGAGGACCACAGCAGCGUUGGGCUGUCUCUGCAGGGCCCUGCCUCGCGCUCCUACUCCCGACACCUGGUCAGAGCCACGUGCAGAGCUCUGGGAGAACAGAUCUUAGCAGUGACUGUUGGGAACCAGCCCACCAUGACGAACCCCUUCCCUGCAGUGGAACCGGCUGUUGUGAAGUUUGUGUGUGCUCCUCCAUCACGCCUCACACUGACCCCCAUCUACAUGAGCCCUCAGCUGGACGUGUCCUGCCCUCUGCUGCAGCAGAACAAACAAGUGGUGCCCGUCUCCAACUACCACAACCCCGAGCUGGAUGUGUCGGCGUUCGACCAGCAGGGACGGAGGUUUGAUAACUUCAGCUCGUUGAGUAUGAUCUGGGAGUCCUCUAGAGUCUCCCUGGCCAGCAUCGAGCCGACCAUGCCCAUGAAACUACACGUGCACGAGGACGACAGCAAACAGAAAAAACUUCACGGUCACCAGACGGUGCUGGUGCAUCAUGAGUCAGGUGUGGCAGCGAUCACGGUGACCGCGGUCGGCUAUCAGACGCCGCACCUGGAGCUCGCCGCGGUUCCCAGCGGAUUUGAUCCUCUGAGCCCCGUCUCGGCCACGCUUGACCUUCUGUUAGUAGAGGACGUGAGGGUGACCCCUGACACCAUCACCAUAUACAACCAUCCUGAUGUGGCGGCGGAUCUGACUCUUCAGCAGGGCUCCGGUUAUUUCUACAUCAAUGCAAGCGUCGGGGGGAUCGCAGAUAUCACGUUUCAGGAGUCCCAGGGAAUUGCUCAGGUUGUCCCAGCUCAGGCGGGGGUCUUGCAGGUGAUGGUUCAUGACCUUUGCUUGACCUUUCCUUCCCCCGCCACGGCUACAGUUCACAUCUCUGAUAUUCUGGAGGUUUAUGUGCGCGUGGUCGACAAGGUUGAGAUCGGCAAGUCAGUCAAAGCAUACGUUCGGGUUUUGGACGGCAACAAGAAGCCUUUCCUGUCCAAGUACUUCUCUGUCAUGAACCUGAAGCUGAGGGCAGCGUCGUCCAUCAUCUCUCUGCAAACUCUGCCCGAUUCAUCAGAGGAAGAUUCGGCCACUUUUCUGGUCAAAGGUCUGGUGAUCGGACAAACCAGUGUGUCUGCUUUCGUCGUUGACAAAAACGGCAGGAAGAUCACCUCUGCACCCCAACAAAUUGAGGUCUUCCCCCCCUUCAGACUGCUGCCAAGGAAAGUCACUCUGAUUGUUGGAGCAAUGAUGCAGAUCACAUCAGAGGGAGGGCCACAGCCCCAGUCCAACAUCCUCUUCUCUCUCUCCCGUGACCACAUCGCCUCAGUCAACAGCCUGGGUCACGUCCAGGGCCUGUCAGUGGGCAACAUGAGCGUGACCGGUGUGGUUCAGGCGGUCGACACGGAAACAGGCAAACUAGUGGUGGUGUCAAAGGAUCAAGUGGACAUUGAGGUGGUGCAGCUGAAGGCUAUAAGGAUCCGAGCCCCCAUCACCAGGAUGAAGACGGGGACACUGAUGCCGGUGUAUGUGAUGGGCCUGAGCAGCAGUCAGACGCCCUUCUCUUUCGGGAAUGCUCUUCCCAGCCUCAGCUUCCACUGGUCUGUGACGAAGAGAGAUGUUCUGGACAUCCACACACGCCACUCAGAGGCAUCUGUGCAGCUCAGCGCUGAGCACAACUUUGCCAUGAGUGUGUUUGCCAGGACUAAAGGCCGCACUGGACUGAGGGUGGUGGUGAAGGCCACUGUUCCUCUGGCGGGACUUCUGGAAGGCAAUGCCCUUGAACUCCAUGAUGAGAUACAGAUUCAGGUCUAUGAGAAACUCCAGCUGUUGAACCCAGAAGUUCAAGCGGAGGAGAUACUGUUGUCACCAAACUCCCUGCUGAAGCUCCAAACUAACAGAGAUGGUCAGGGGUCCCUGUCGUACCGUGUGUUGGAUUGUCCGGACAGAGCUGCUCUCAUUCAAGUGGAUGAUAAAGGUCUUCUGACGUCUGGAUCUCUGACAGGAACAGCAUCCCUACAGAUUAGCUCGCAGGAAACAUUCGGCGUCAAUCAAACCAUCAUCAUCGCUGUCAAGGUGGUGACCGUGUCAUACCUGCGUCUGAGCACGAGUCCAGUGAUGUACACGUCUAACAGAGAGACUGUGUCCGCCAUCCCGCUGGGAGCCGUUCUGACCUUCACCGUUCAUUUCCACGACAGCACAGGAGAAACCUUACACAGCCACAACUCACUGCUCAGCUUCUCCACCAACAGGGAUGAUUUGGUGCAGGUGGGUAAGGGUUCGAGUAACGGCACGUUGACGGUGCGGACAGUCAAUGUGGGACUAACUCUGCUGGGGGUGUGGGACUCGGAGCAAGCAGGACUCGCUGACUUCAUCGCUGUACCUGUCCAGCAUGCCAUCCAUCCAGCCGAAGCCCAGCGGCUGAUCGUGGGAGAUGUGGUGUGCUUUUCUGCACAGAUUAUUAAUCAGGAGGGUGCGUCGGGUGUGUGGAGCUCCUCGUCCAGUGCUGUGCUGGAGGUCGAUCCCAGGACUGGAGCUGCAGUGGCUCGAGACAAGGGCACAGUCACCGUCUACUACGACAUACCAGGGCAGCUCCGCACCUACAGAGAGGUUUUUAUUGAAGGUGCAACUCGGACCUCUGUCAUGUCCCCCUCAGUGAAGAAAGACAGAGACUCCAAAGUCUUGAUGUCAACCAGGGACACCGGGAGCAACCUCAUUGGAAUCUGCUCCUCGUUGCAAUCGGACAGCAUAGCUCUGCUCCACCCAGAGUCUUCCAUCAUCUGUCAGCUUCGCUUCACCAGCAGCGCAGUGGACUUCUCUGCUCACGACGUCUACCACACUCGCACCGCGUUCGACCCCAGCACAGGUUUCUACAGCUGUGAGCUGAGCUUCAAGCCCAUGAACGAACAGCAGGUGAAGGUGCUGAGCAUGUCCAUGACUGACGUGGACGUCACGGCCGGUGUGCAGGGUCACUUCACCGGUCAGCAGAUAAGUGCUCGACUGCCCAUCAACCCAGGCAUUUACGCGGACCAGACAGACAUCCUCCUGAGUAACCAGCACACGUCUGCGGAUCUGACCAUCUACGGGACGCCAGGUGCACUGCAGCAGCUGGAGGUGAAGAGCAGUUCUCCUUCAGUGGUGAUAGAGCAGAAGGAGGUGUCCCAGAGCUUCCCGAGCUACAUCAGGUACACGGUUAGUGUGGUGAAGCCGCAGGGAGCUCUGACGGCCUCGGUGUCCGUGAGCAGUGGCUCCAGCGAUCAGGUGCUGCUCAUCCCUGUGUCCGUCAUGCAUCUGACAGCCAGCGCCACUUCUGUGCAAGCACAAAUGGCAGAUGGAGCAGAUGGGCCCAAUAUUCUUCAGCAGUUUAUUGACUCCUAUCAAGUGAUGUUCUUCACUUUAUUCGCUCUUUUGGCAGCCACUGCUGUUGUCAUCAUUGUGUGCCAUUUGCUGUUUUCUCCAAGAGAUCCUGUCAAUCAUCCUGCAUUCAUCCAGAAGACUCCGCCUCCCACAGGUGUAGCUAAGCUGACCGAGAGCCCCUUCAACAACAGCAUGUCUUCAGACAUGAAGGGAAGCCCAAGAUUACGCUUGUAUUCUCCAGACUACAACUCCAGAUAAACCUUUCUCCACCCAGAAGACCGAAGAAAGUGCCUUACCAUUGAAUACAGGAGUAUAAGCGUGCUGGAUACUUGCGCAAGAAUAUUGCUUACAUGCUUCAAACAAUAGCUUUUUCAUUUGAAUCAUAUGCCAGGGCUGCAUAACUAUGUCUGCUAUUGUUUGAUUAUUUAAAUGUUUGAUGUGUGCACUCAUUUAUUAUUGUUGCCAUUUUUAAUUUCAGUAGAUUUUUCAUAGCUUGAGACAGCCUAAGUUUUAGUGAAUUGUGAUGUUAAACGUGUCUUUUUUUCCUUUUGAAGCUCAGGACAACCUUUGGAAACUAGUGUGAUUAUGUAGCAUGUUAUUGUGUGAAUAGUGCAACCACUGAUUCCGUCCAAAGUGCUCUUACAAGUGUUUCAUCUGCAAAAAAGUAAUGGCCAGUUGUUUCAUUUCGUGAACAAUAAUAUUUUGAUGUUUAAUAUUUUGAAGAGUUCUUUAGUGCAGCUUCUUUCGGUCAUUGAUGUGAAUGUUCAAAUGUUUUAGGGCUUAGUUCUGUUGACUUGCUUUGGCAGAUUAGGUGGUUCUGGAAGGACAGAACCUACCGCAGCAUUUGACAUGGCCAUUGAUACUGAUAAUUCUGAUAAUACUGUGAGUUUGAGUCCGAUUCAACAUUAUGACCAUUUUUGACAGAAUAAAUCCUCAGCAUGUUUAAGUGAGACAGAAAUACUGUUUUAAUGAAUAAUUUGUUUUCUGUCUUUGAGCCAUAAUGUGAUUCAUAGAAGUGCUGCACUGAAUACAAUGAAUUGUGAGAUUGCUUUUGUUCGGCAUAUACUUGUACAUAUACAGUUUAAUCUGUAUAUGGAACCUCUUCUGAGCCUCAUUGUUUGAUUUGUCUAUCAUACCUCCCUCAAAAAUAAUAACAACAGCUUCUGCUUUGAAAACAUUGUGCUUUUUGCAGCAUGUGAUCGAUCUAUAAACAUUAAAUAUGCUCUCUCUUUUUUACUAUCA